AUGUUAAACUCGAACUAUGAUACUUCACUAGGUCUGGAACAUGAAAACAAAACCAAAUUUGAUUCUUUAACAUUUAAAUAUGAUCACAGUCAUAGUAAUCUAAAGAGUCUCUGUAUCCGGCAUGUUCCAUUUUGGAACAAUGUCAACCCUGAAUUCAUAGAAAUUAAAAAGAUGAACAAUGGAGUAACCAAUCGUGUAUACCAGGCGACAUUAGUCGAUGGAGAUAAAGAUAGAUAUCCCAUAAAGUCAGUAUGUAUUAAAAAAUCAUCGACAUAUAAUUCGCUAGUGAUUGAUGAUGAUUUACAGUAUCGUAUUGCAAAAUUAUUAGGUGAUAAUAAUUUCGGACCUAGAAUAAUUGGUCGUUUUGGUGAUUUUACUAUUCAGGAAUGGGUUGAAGGAAAUACUAUGGGAAUUGAUUCAUUACAAAAUUUAUCAGUUUUGACUGGUAUUGCUUCAUCACUGGCAAAGUUCCACAAGAAAGUUACAGAGCUGGUUCCAAAGGAAUGGGACAGAACUCCUAUGUUUUUAACCAAAAUAGCUACUUGGUCUCCACAUGUUGAAAGAAUUAUUAAAAAAUAUAAUUUGGGUUUCGAUUAUAAUGAGUUGGUUCAGAACUAUGAAAUGUUCAAAAAGAUCCUAAACAAUCACCUAAAUACAUCAAAUUCCAUCACAAACUCAAUACUAUUCUGCCACAACGAUUUAUUUUUUACUAACAUUCUUGAUACCUUACAUGGGAUAUAUUUCAUUGAUUUUGACUAUGCCGGAUUCAAUUAUGUUGGAUGGGACAUCGCCAAUUUCUUCAAAAUAAUAUAUAUUCUACUCGAUCCUCUGAUGAAAUAUUACCUAUAUCAUAACACUUCCCCUGUGAAAGACGAAUUCAAACCACUUUUCAUCUCAGUAUAUCUUUCUCAAUUACUGGGUCAAAAUGUUUUACCAUCUGACGAUUUGGUAAAUGAUUUUCUACAGAGUUUAGAAAUACACACCUUAGGUGUAAAUUUAUAUUGGAUUUAUUGGUCCUUAAUAAUGACUGACAAACCGAAGAUUGAUCCUUCUAAUUCUGUUAAAUUUGAAGGUUAUGCAAUGUUCCAAUAUAAUUUAUUUAGGAAUAAUAUUAGGAGGUUAACUGAUAAUAAAAUUGUAAAUACCUAA